GAUGACACUAACCCCCCACACACUUGGGACACCACACACACGGGAGGAAGAACCCGGAAUACGAGCUGCGCUGACGCGGAAUGGGCUGGGACAAGCAUCCCACGUGUUGACUGGUUGGAUUCAGAGCAGACUGAGUACCAUCCACCUGCCGGAGGUCCAGGGAGAGGUGGACAUUGGAAUAGGAGCUGUGUACUAUGUUCUCCAUGACAUGUCGGUUGUCCAGUGCGAUUUACCCGAACCUGAAGUGGCGCCUACAGAGGGGACAGGCAUCUCUGUGUUGGUUAGUGGAGUCAGCAUCAAAAUCCAAGGGAGUUGGAACACAAAUUUUGGUAUCAUCCAUGAUGGCGGCUGGUUUGAACUGGCUGUCUUUGACAUCCUGCUGAAAUCCACACUACAGUUGGGGAGUGAUUAUGGGGCACGACUCUCUGUUACUGCUCUAUUCUGUCAGGCAGAAGUUGGAAACGUCGAUAUAAACUUUCAUGGAGGUGCCAGCUUCAUCUUCCAACCGUUUGUGAGUCACUUUACCGGACGUAUCAUAUCAGAAAUUCAAGUAAAGAUCUGCCCGGCGUUUAAUCAAGCAGUUGAGAGCUUAGAGAGUCAUCUAGCGGCAAUGGAGGUAUCUAUACCAGUGAGUCCAUUUGUGUUUGUGAAGAUUCCUCUAACAGAAUCUCCGAUUGUGACAGACUCUGGUAUUGAAGUAGACAUUAAGGGUAUAUUUUACAGCAUCCAAAAUCCUACUGAGCCCCCAUUUCCACCAAACCACUUUGCUUUGCAAUGGCAAGAUGACUGUAUGCUGGCAGCUGGGGCGUCGGAGUUCUGUGUGAACACCGUGGCAUUCGCGCACUUCACAGCAGGAGCUCUUCAAAUCAACAUUACGGACAGUAUGAUUCCAAAGACGUCUCCAGUUCACCUCAACACCAGCCAGUUUGGGCCAUUCAUUCCACAGUUGCCCAAGCUGUUUCCGAACCGGCUGAUGCAGGUGUUGCUGUAUGCUAGCGAGUCACCACACGUGUCCCUCCGGACAAACAUGAUUAUUGUGGAGGUGUCUGCUGAGGCCAAGGUCUUCGCUGUCCAGCCAGACUCCUCCCUUGCUCCUCUAUUCAAACUGGACAUGGAGAUCAGUCUCAGUGGUAAAGUUUUCAUUGAGGGCCAGCUGCUGAAGGGUUCUCUGACUCUGAACAAUUUUACCAUGACUCUUGGAUCAUCUGAGAUCGGCCAGUUUGAGAUUGGUGUUAUGCAAAACACAAUGAAGACAGCAUUGAAUAUGGUUGUCCUCCCACAGUUGAAUGGGAAACUGCGUGACGGCUUGCCUUUGCCUUCUCCAAAGGGAUUCAGUUUAGCCAAUGCAAAACUGACAGUCGGGGAGGGGUUUUUGGCUUUGACAACAGAUAUUGAAGCUCCUUAUGAAGACAAACUCUGA